AUGUCGGCAAACUACUGGGUGUCUACCCACCAUAACCACUGGGUCUUCACCAAGGAGCAGCUGGCGGCCAUGCGCCAGAAGCUAGAGAAGGAAAAUGCCGAACUCGUACAAAUGUUCACGCUGCCAGAACCCCGACAUCUCUACAUAUACUUUAACCAACAAAUCAGUCGCCUAAGCAAGCGCCUCAAGAUCCGCCAACAAGCCAUAGCAACUGCUCAAGUAUACAUCAAGCGCUUCUACACACGCGUCGAAAUUCGCCGAACGAACCCCUACCUCGUCAUCGCCACUGCCGUCUACCUCGCCUGCAAGCUCGAAGAAUGCCCCCAACACAUCCGCCUAAUCGUAAGCGAGGCCCGCUCCCUCUGGCAGGACUUCAUCUCCCUCGACACCUCCAAGCUCGGCGAGUGCGAGUUCUUCCUCAUCUCCGAGAUGAGCUCUCAGCUCAUCGUCCACCAACCGUACCGCACCCUCACGUCGCUGCAGACGGAUCUUCGCAUCUCGAACGAGGACUUUGCGCUCGCGUGGAGCAUCAUCAAUGAUCACUACAUGACCGAUUUACCGCUUUUGUACGCGCCUCAUACUAUUGCCCUGACGGCUAUCCUGCUUGCGCUCGUGCUGAGACCUAAUACGUCGGCCCCGGGCGGUCAGUUACCCUCCUCGGGAAUGAAUAGCCCACUAACGCCCGGAGCGCCGCCGAACGCUGCUGCUGCUACUGCCGCCGCGGCCGCUGCGUUGGCGCAGGCGCAGAACCGGGGUAUGACGCCGACAGGCUCGGACAAGGAGAAGCCGAUGGAGGCCAAGGUUGGAAGGGUUCAGAGGUUCGUCGUGUGGUUGGCGGAUAGUGAUGUGGACAUCGCGGCGAUGGUAGACUGCACGCAGGAGAUUAUUUCGUUUUAUAAUGCGCAGGAGCAGUAUAUCGAUAAACUUACCCGCGAGCAGAUCAGCCGGUUUGUCAAGGCUAGAGGGUUGGACAAGUGA